CUACCGGAUGGCCCACAGAUCUCCAAGCCUCUGAUGGAGAAGAAGCGCCGUGCACGCAUCAAUAUGUCACUGGAGCAGCUCAAGUCUCUUCUGGAGAGACACUACUCACAUCAGAUACGGAAACGGAAGUUGGAAAAGGCUGACAUCCUGGAGCUGAGUGUCAAAUACAUGAAAAGCCUUCAGAAUUCAUUGCAAGGACUCUGGCCAGUACCCAGUGGGAUCGACCACCCGUCUGGCUUCCAAGGCUGCUUGCCCGGUGUGAGCCAGCGGCUUAGGCGCGAAGAGGAUGGCAGCGGCCUGCGCUGCCCCCUGGUGCUCGAGCGCAGGGCAGGCAGCACCAUGGACAGCGCCAGCCCGCAGGCGGUCUCUAUUCUCAGGCCCUGCCUCCCGGCCAUCUGGGCCCCUGCUUCCGCUGCAGGUGACUCCCAGUCCCCGCUGUCCCCGUUCCCUCUCCCUAGAGGUCUCCCCGAGUCCUCUACCGGCGUUCCCGCACCACAACCAGCGUCAAAUUGCCAAACCGAGAACCCGAGACCCGGGCUUGGGGUGUGGCGUCCUUGGUGAGUCCCUGG